AUGACUACCAUAAACCAGACCACCCCAGUGGACUUUCGACUUAAAGGAAUCUCAAUUGUUCCUGAACUGCAAGUUCUCAUCUUCCUUCUAGUUCUUCUCAUUUAUCUUAUUUCUCUUAUUGGAAAUCUCACCAUUCUAAUUCUGGUUUGCUUCGAUCUACAUCUGCACACUCCUAUGUACUUCUUCCUGUCCAACUUGUCUAUCAUAGACAUAUCCAGCUCUACUACAGCGCUACACAGGAUUUUUGUGAUCUUUGCAACAGAAAACCACAUGGUUUUCACCUGGGCCUGUUUCACCCAAUUGUUUAUUUUCUCUUCAUUAAGCGUUAAUGAGAUUUCAAUUUUGGCUGUCAUGAGCUUUGAUCGCUACGUGGCCAUCUGUAGGCCUUUACAUUAUCACACCGUCAUGAGUUGGAGACUCUGUGGUCUGCUGGCCUCCGUCAGCUCAGGUUUUGGGUUUAUAGAGGCACUUCCAAUCACAGUCAUCUAUUCAAAGUUCACCUGUUACAUUUCCAAGGAAAUUGAUCAUUAUUUUUGUGACACUGUGGCUAUCCGGGACAUUACAUGUAAUGAUAUUACAGAUUUAGACCUUUACAUUCUUAUUCUUGGCAAUGCAAGCCUAAUUAUUCUACUUUCUCUGACUAUAACUCCCUAUGUUUUUAUUAUUGCUUGUAUUUUAAGGAUAAGCUCGAGUUCUGGGAGACAUAAAGCCUUCUACACGUGUUCCUCACACAUCACAGUGGUUGUCACCUUCUAUUCUUCCAUCAUCAUACAGUACAUAGGAACAGUUUCCGGGAACAACAUGGGAUCUAACAAAAUACUCUCUCUCUUUAACACGGCCAUUGUCCCCAUGAUGAACCCACUGAUCUACAGCUUGAAAAAUAAAGAUGUAAAAUCUGCCCUACAACGAAAACUUAAUUUGCAUGGAAUAAAAUAUUAA